AUGCCUUACACCAAGCCUAAGAAAAAGACAGCUUCGGCUGAACAUGCUAGCGGAGUUGUGGAGACGGAUGAAGCUAACGUUAGCGAGGUAGAAGCCACUGCAGAGACCGAGGAAACUGGGAGUGAUGUUGACCCGAGUAUUCUUUCGGCUUUGAGUAAGAUAACUAACAACAUUACAAAGUCAUUGGAUGCUAAAGUUGACACUGUGCUUGCUGCUAUCCGCGAACAAACAUCUCAGAUGCAGGCUCUGGCAACGCGGCCCCAGCCCCAGCCCCGGCCCCAGCAGCCCGGCUACCCAUCCAAGCCCCAGCCCCAGCCCCAGCCCCGGCCCCAGCAGCCCGGCUACCCAUCCAAGCCCCAGCCCCAGCCCCGGCCCCAGCAGCCCGGCUACCCAUCCAAGCCGCAGCCUCACCACCAACCGCAGUCUGGCUAUCUAUCCCAGCUGCUAGGCAAUGGGCCCAAGAACCAGGUUAAUUCCUUCCAGCCAAGGUCUGGCUCCAAACCCGGACAGCAGCCCAGGUACGCAUCCAAGUCCCAGCAGCCCGGCUACCCGUCGCAGCAGCCCGGCUACCCGUCGCAGCAGCCCGGCUACCCGUCGCAGCAGCCCGGCUACCCGUCGCAGCCCCAGCCGCAGCAGCCCGGCUACCCGUCCAGUGGCAAUUUUGGCUGGCGUCUUCCUGAAGCUGCACCCAGCACAGGGGGUUCAACAGGCAUGACCGGGGCCCACCAAAACUACGGGAGUAAAAGAUUUGGCUACAACUGAUACCUUGGACCAUGGGCUUUGGAGUUGACACUUGCGCCUUGAGUCUUUAUGGAAAUAAAAUGCAUUUUGUACUA